UUGGCUGGCGGCGAGGCGGGCCGCGCGUGGGGGACGCUGGGGGUCCGUGGUGCUCCGCGGACUUCGCUGCACCCCGUGUCCCGGGCCUGGCCCUGUCAGUCCGUGGGUCCGCCCCCUGACCCGGCCUCGGCCCGUGGGGCCUCGGGUCCGCCCCUCGGCCCCAUUGGACCCACCUCCGCCUCCCUCGGCGGCAGGCGGAACCUCCCAGGAGUGGCCGUGGAGGCGGGUGUUUCCCACUCUGGUCUGUGCGAGGGAGGUCGGGCGCUGAGGAGAAGCGGGUGUUCUUCCCGGAAAGGCCGGGAAGGAAACCGCUGCUGGGGUUUUUUCCGGGCGGCUUGUCACCCAGGCGGCUCUCGGUUCUUCUUGACUCUGGGUCGUUGACUUAAGGGCCAGGCAGCGCCUGUGACUGGGUUUCCCUUAGGACUCGGGGGAAAAGCCCCCUGAGGCUCCAGAAAGAUGCAGUUCUUUGGCCGGCUGGUGGAUACUUUCAACAGCGUCACCCAAAUCUUCACAAACCCUUACCGGGUGAAAGAGGUGUCGGCUGCAGAGUACUCUGCUCAGACCUGCCUGAGGGAGGAAGGCAGGGUGGCCCUGUAUAAGAACAGACACGGUCACUCGUGGGAUUGCGUGCUGGUGAAUCUCCAGAGCCCACAGGUUGCUUUCCGGCUCUUCCAGCUUGACAAUGAAGCAGAAGCCCUGGCAUGGUUUGAAGAGUUUGCCAAGCACCUGCGCCCUUUCUAUGAGAGCUCACCCCAGCCCUUGUCCCUGGAGGAUCUUCAGCAGCUCAGUGACUGCUUCCGCAGCCACCCCUCCUGGUCCUCGGCACACUUUGCGGUGGAGUUUGGCCAUCGUGAGAACUUCCGGCACAACCAAAUUCUGAGCUGUGUGAACAACACAGACAGCGAGGAUGGCUGCACCCCGCUGCACCUGGCGUGCCGCAAGGGAGACAUGGAAUGCCUGCUGGAGCUGUUGGAAUGCCACGCACGGGUGGACAUCACUGACAGGAAGGGGGAGACUGUUUUCCACUAUGCUGUGCGAGGGAACAACCCCCAGAUCAUUGAGCUCCUGGGCAGUGCCCCGACUGCUGUCUUGGACCACCUGAGCCAUGAAGGGCUGACAGCUCUGCAUCUUGCUUGUCAGCUGGGCAAAGAGGACAUGGUUCGGUCGCUGCUGAAAUGCCAUGCCAGCUGCAGCAUUCAGGGGACGCUGGGCUACCCCAUCCACACAGCACUCAAGUUCUCCCAGAAGGGGUGUGCCCAGGCCAUCCUUGAAGUGGAUGCCAGCCAGGUUUGCUCCAGGGACCCACGCUAUGAAGCCACUCCACUACACUGGGCAAAGAAGGCAGAGAUGACAAGGCUGCUGCUGGAGUAUGGCUCUGAGGUGAAUCUGAGCAGCCGGACAGCUGACAUGGCUCUCCACAUUGCUGUCCAGAGGGAACGCUUUGACUGUGCCAUGGUCCUGCUGACACAUGGGGCCCACACCAAUGCCAAAGGUCAGGAUGGCAACACACCACUGCACCUGGCCAUGAAGCAUGACAACCUGGAUAUGAUCAAAGCGAUUAUUGUGUUUGGAGGAGAUGUUGAAAUCCCCAAUGAUUUUGGGGAGACACCAGGGCUGUUGGCAGCCAGGAGCAGCAAAGGUGCAAACCGGAAAGUGCUCUUAGACCUGCUGCAAACUGUAGGGACCGAACGUUGCCACCCACCCAACCCUGACUCCCCAAGCCUGGCAUCAUCUGCCGCCUCCUCCUUCCUGGAAGGCCAACCUUCCUCACGGAGCAGCUUCAACAGCUUAGGGUACCAGGACCUUCUGUAUGUUUCCUCAACACUUGGACAGUUGCUGAAGGCACCAGAUGUUGUGGACUCACCCAGUGAAGGCAGAAGAAAUCACGACCGCCUCCUGUGCCUGGAUGGAGGGGGCAUCCGGGGCCUGGUGCUCAUCCAGCUCCUCCUGGCUAUCGAAAAGGCUGCGGGCCGUCCCAUUCGUGAGAUUUUUGACUGGGUGGCAGGGACCAGCACUGGGGGGAUCUUGGCCUUGGCUAUUGUACACGGGAAGUCCAUGGACUACAUGCGCUGCCUGUACUUCCGCAUGAAGGACAUGGUGUUCCGGGGGUCUCGGCCCUACGAGUCGGAGCCCCUGGAUGAGUUCUUGAAGAAAGAAUUUGGGGAAAACACCAAAAUGACAGAUGUCCAAAAGCCCAAGGUUAUGGUGACAGGGACAUUGUGUGACCGACAGCCAGCUGAGCUCCACCUUUUCCGGAAUUACCCCGUACCAGAGACAAAGUCGUCCACUGAAUACAAGACAACUGCAUCUUUCAAACCACUCACUCAGCCAGAAGACCAACUCGUGUGGCGCGCUGCCCGCUGCAGCGGCGCGGCUCCCACUUAUUUCCGUCCGAUAGGACGCUUUCUGGAUGGGGGGCUGUUAGCCAACAACCCGACCCUCGAUGCCAUGGCUGAGAUCCACGAGUACAACAAGACCCUGAUUAAGAAGGGUCAGAGCCAAAAUGUAAGAAAACUGGGGUUGGUGGUCUCACUGGGCACAGGGAAGCCUCCCCAGGUCCCAGUGAGCUCCGUGGAUGUUUUCCGUCCCUCCAACCCUUGGGAGCUGGCGAAGACUGUCUUUGGGGCCAGGGAACUUGGCAAGAUGGUGGUGGAUUGUUGCACUGACGCAGAUGGCCCAGCUGUGGAUCGUGCCAGGGCCUGGUGCGAGAUGACGGAUGUCCCGUAUUUCCGGCUGAGCCCUCAGCUGCACACAGAGGUGAUGCUGGAUGAAGUGAAUGACACCGUGCUGGUAAACGCUCUCUGGGACACCCAGCUUUACAUCUACCAGCAGCAGGAGCAGUUCAAGCAGCUGGUGCAACAUCUCUGCCGGUGACUGACCCAGGAGGCUCCUUGCUCCUGGCAAGGAGCAGCAGACACUAAGACGGCCUGAAUUUGCCCUCAAAACAAGCUGCUGAGGUGGGAGAGGGACUACUACUACUACUACUACUGCUAAUACCAAGGAACUAGUGACAUUUACUAGACAACACUGCACACACCCAUGUAUUCCAGUACACACCCAUGUAUUCCCAGAUAGCUGUGAAAUGUUGACAGUUUUCUUUGUACUGUGGACCCAUCUCUGCUGCUGUGCUCAGUUUUAUUGCCCUGCUCUCUGACCUUACAGCCCUUCCCAGAAGCCUGAGUCUCUGCCAUUUCUCUUGAGCUGUAGCAACUGGAGUCUAUCUCCUGCCUGUGCAGCUGACAAAGCACCUUCCCACAUCACUGAACAGGCCCAAUAAAGCUUCAGUGAUUAUUUGGCCCACUGGGGCCAAUGUGGUUCAGAAUGUAUGGUAUUGCCCGGUUUGAAUAGGAGCAGAAACACUGCAACUUUCCACAGUAAAUAUAAAGCAGAAUAUUGUGACUGAGCGUGAGCAUGGGGAGCAGGAGGAACCUCUCCUGAGCCAAUUGUCUUCUGUAGCACUUUCCCCUUUCCUCUCUGAGGUGGGCUGAGAACACAGGUACUGACUGUGCCCAGGGUGGCACUCAAGGCUGAAAUGUGAAAUCCUGUCUUGCCUCACAGCAAGCUCAAGAUAAGGGACAGCAGCCUUGGCUUGGUAGAGAGAUCAUUUCUCUUAUUCUUGAUGUGGUGAUCAGUUCCCACGAAAAAGCUGACACUGUUACAAUUUAGAUUUACUUACUUUACUGUUAGAAUGCUACACUACUUAGUGUUUCUGAAGGAAAUUUUCGUAUUUAUAAAUAAUUUAUGUAUCCAUUGGAGGUGUUAUGAGGUGUAGCCUGAAAAACUGAAUUCUCAAUUGUUUGUUUUUGACUGGAAGGACUGCUUUUGUGAACAGUGCUUCUAUGUAAAACUAACAUGACCUGAAAUAAAGAGAGGUUUUCAUUUGGUUCCAGUGAUG